AGAAAGAGAGAGAACCCAUCCACCGCCCACAACUACAGUCUCUUACCAAAACCAAACCCAAUCCCAAACCCAAACCCAAACCCAUCACCGAUCUAGUUUCUCAAUCUAACCCUAACCCAACUCUAACCCUUUAGAGGGGAAGAGAACCUACUCCUGUUAUCCCUCACAUCUUCAUCACUCCCAAACCCUCAACAACAACAUCAACGUCAACACAAACUCAAUCAAAACCCUAGAAAAAGCUCUUCUUAAAGUCGAUGACAAUUACAGACAGACAAACGGUUCAUUCAUGCUGCCGAUUUAGUGGAUGACACCAAAAAUCCACUCCUUUUCUUCUUUCUAGUUACGGCUAAAGCAAGAAAAAAGAGUCACAUAGAGCGACGCACCAAAAUCCAACAAAGUCUUCCUACUAUACUUGGCUUUUGUUUUGUUUCCAAUUCCACUAUCUUUAGCUUCUUCUUUAAUUAUUACGUCCUUUACUUCCUUGUAUUUCCGUUUCUUGGUUUCACUGUACACUGUGUUUUGUGUGUAUAUGUGAUAAGUGAAGUGAGGGUUUUGAGAAAGAAAAUCAAAGGAAAGUACACAACACAAAACAAGGACAAAGAUUAUGGAUCCAGUGACAGCGACGGCUCAAGGACAUUCUCUUCCACCUCCUUUCCACACAAGAGACUUCAAUCUGCAACAUCAAUUUCACCACCAUCACCAACAACAAAAUUCAGAAGACGAACAGAGCGGCACGAAUGGCCUAAACGUUGGUCAAAAAAGAGAUCGAGAGGAAAACAACAGCGACAACAUCGAUGGUGGUGGCGGCGAAGGCAAGGAAGGCGAUGGAGGAAGUGGAAGUGGAGGUGACAUGACAAGAAGGCCCCGAGGUAGACCCGCUGGAUCCAAAAACAAGCCCAAACCACCGAUCAUCAUUACCCGAGACAGCGCCAACGCCCUCCGGUCCCACGUGAUGGAGAUCGCAGACGGCUGCGAUAUCUCCGACAGCAUCACCACCUUUGCGCGGCGGCGCCAGAGAGGGGUUUGCAUUUUGAGUGGGACCGGCACGGUGACCAAUGUCACUCUCCGCCAACCGGCCUCGCCUGGUGCGGUGGUGACAUUACAUGGGAGGUUCGAGAUCUUAUCGCUAGCUGGGUCUUUUCUGCCGCCACCAGCCCCACCAACGGCUACGGGGCUCACCAUAUAUCUAGCCGGUGGACAAGGCCAAGUGGUGGGCGGUAGCGUGGUGGGGCCGCUUCUGGCGUCAGGACCGGUUGUGAUUAUGGCGGCCUCAUUUAGCAACGCAGCCUAUGAGAGGCUUCCACUCGAGGAGGAAGAGACUCCUCUUCAAAGUGGUGGUGGUGGCGGCGGUGUUGGAUCUCCAGGGGCAGUUGGGCAGCCACAGCAACCAGCACAACUACUAGCUGAUCCAUCGGUUUUCCAUGGUAUGCCGCCGCAUCUUCUCAACUCUAUUCAAAUGCCACCGGAGGCGUACUGGGCCACCGGUCGUCCUCCAUUCUAACACAACAAGUCAUUGGAGGGCAUGAGAGACCUAUAAAUUCACUUUCCCUCACCAUCAAUCAACUUUAACUCACCAAGAAAUGUUAGAAGAGUAUUUAGGUAGAGCCUAGAGGAGAAUUUGGGUUGUUGAGCAUUUCAGUUCAGGUUUUUUUCCCUUCUUAAAUUUCAGUCAUUUUUUGUUUGGAUUUUGAUGACUAGAUGAUAUGGAUUUGAAGAACUUUGUAAAUUCUUGGUUUCAUGUUUAGUUCAAUUUUUAUGAGAAUAAUAGUAUCAAUUUAUUCCA